AUGGCCGUCUUCUCCAAACCUCUCUCUUCCCAUCGCCUCACCAGCGCCUCUGCAAAAGCCAUAGUAAACGACCUCACGCGGCUGUACCUCUCAAACCGAACCCGCAUAUCGCGCGCUGUGUACCUGACCCUCUUUGUCGCCCUCAUAAAUCGCAUCCGCAAUGCCAUCGCCGAGCAAAAAGCUGCUUCCCUGCGACGGGCCAACAAGAGCGCUGAAAAGACAUCGGCGGGAGAGGGUGAAGCGACGGGCAGGAAGAAGGUUGAGCUGAAUAGGGAGUUUUUCAAGAACCUACUGAGGUUGUUGAGGAUAUGUAUACCGGGCUGGAAGAGCAAGGAGUUUAGGUUGUUGAUUGGGCAUAGUGUUUUCUUGGUGUUGAGGACGAUGAUUAGUUUGUAUGUGGCGGAGUUGGAUGGAAGGCUGGUCAGUGCGCUUGUGAGGGGGAAGGGAAGAGAGUUUCUUACGGGAUUGGUAUGGUGGAUGUCUGUUGCUGUGCCGGCGACGUUCACGAAUAGUAUGCUCUCAUACCACCAGUGCAAACUCUCCCUCCAAUACCGAACCCGCCUCACGAAUCACAUUCACUCGAAAUAUCUAUCUCAAAUGACCUUCUACACCCUCUCUGCGCUCGACGACCGCAUCGCAAACGCCGAUCAACUCAUCACCGUCGAUGUAGCCAAGUUCUCAAACUCCCUCGCAGAACUCUACUCCAAUCUCGCCAAACCUGUUCUCGACAUCAUAAUCUACAACUACUCUCUCUCGCGCAGUGUCGGUGGCGAGGGUCUCUUCUUCAUGUCCCUCCUCGUACAAAUCUCCGCAAACGUCAUGAGGGCACUUACGCCCCCAUUCGGCAAAUAUGUGGCGGAUGAAGCGAGAUUAGAGGGCGAGUUUAGGUUUCAGCAUAGCAGGUUGAUUGAUUGGAGUGAGGAAGUGGCGCUCUAUGCCGGACAUGAAGCUGAAAAGGAUACGCUUGAUAAAGGGUAUUUUACCUUGAUCAAGCAUGUCAACCGCAUUUUGAGGAGGAGGUUCUACCACGGCAUCAUGGAGGAUUUUGUUAUCAAGUACUUCUGGGGAGCGUUGGGAUUGAUGCUUUGCAGUGUACCAGUAUUCUUCAAGCUACCAGGGACCGGAGGCAUGAGUACAGGUGAUCGGACGGAGAGUUUCGUAACGAACCGCCGCAUGCUGCUAAUGUCCAGCGACGCCUUCGGCCGCGUCAUGUUCUCCUACAAGGAAAUCACCGAACUUGCCGGCUACACAUCCCGCGUUGCCACCCUGCUCGAUGUGAUCGACGACAUCCAAGCAGGCCACUUUGAGAAGAAACUUGUUUCAUCAGCCGACACCGAAGAAAACGCGUCAGUCCUACGGGGCCGCGGCACUGUGACCGAGGGUUCAGACAUUGAGUUCAUCGACGUACCAAUCGUAUCACCAAACGGCGACGUGCUAGUUCGUAAGCUAUCUUUCGCCGUAAAGCCAGGUGACCACCUACUUAUCGUAGGACCGAAUGGUUGUGGCAAGAGUAGUUUGUUCCGCAUUCUUGGCGGCUUAUGGCCCGUCUACGGAGGCAAAGUACGCAAGCCGCCGUUUGAAGACAUCUUCUAUAUUCCCCAGCGACCUUACCUUUCCCGCGGUACGCUGCGUCAGCAAAUCAUCUAUCCAGACUCGUUGCACGACAUGCAUUCGAAGGGUAUUACUGACAACGACCUUCUCUCUGUUCUGAGUACGUUGAACCUAGAGACGCUCAUUGACCGCCCUGGUGACUUUGAUGCUGAAGCACAGUGGGAAGAUGUGCUCUCUGGUGGUCUUCAACAGCGCGUUGCUAUGGCCAGACUCUUCUACCACAAACCCAGAUAUGCGAUCCUUGACGAAUGUACGAGUAGCGUUACAUUGGAAGUGGAGAGAGUCAUGUACGAAGAAGCGAAGAGACUAGGUAUCACACUCAUGACCGUGAGUCAUCGACGCAGCCUAUGGAAGUACCACAGUCGCAUUCUGCAGUUUGAUGGACAAGGAGGGUUCUAUUUUGGAGGCCUAGAUGCAGAGAGGAGGGCGGUGCUUGAAGAUGAGAAGGAAGAUAUUGACCUACAGCUCCGUGCAGUUCCGGAUAUCGAGCAGAGGAUCAAGGAAUUGGAGGCUUCAAUGUGA